AGUUAUUAAUAUUAAAUGUAAAAACUACCAUUUUUUAAAAUCUUUUCACUGCCUUUACUCGUCAAAAUGCGCAUUUAUAAAGAUAUGUAUAAUUAUUCUUGUUGGUUGUAAAUCAAAUUACUAAUUUUAUGUAUUGUUUACUAGCUGUAUAGGAUUAAUAGUUGAAACAGACUCUGUUACCUGUUUAUUCAUUGACAAACAAGACCUUAAACAUGCAGAAUCCACAUGAAGAUACAGAAUGGAAUGAUGCGUUAAGAAAACAUGGGAUUCUUCCCAAGAAGGAAGUAGUUGUUCAACCUCCUGAAGAAGAUGAGUCCGAACCGAAACAAAAUUAUGAUGACAUGAGUUUGGAUGAAUUGGCCGAGUUUGAAGAUGAAGAAGAGGAAAGGAUCAUGGACUUAUACAGGCAGAAGAGGUUAGCGGAGUUGAAAGCAUUACAAAUGAAAUCAAAGUUUGGUGACGUUCGUGAAAUAUCUGCACAAGAUUAUGUACAAGAAGUCAACAAAGCUGGUGAAGACAUAUGGGUGGUACUGCAUUUAUACAAGCAAGGAAUACCCCUAUGCUCCCUAAUCAACCAACAUAUUACGAGACUGGCUGCAAAGUUUCCUGAGGUCAAAUUUUUAAAAAGUAUUUCAACAACCUGUAUCCCAAACUUCCCUGACAAGAAUCUUCCAACUUUGUUUAUUUAUAAAAACGGAGAUUUAGUUCAUCAGUGGAUUGGUGCUUUACAUUUUGGCGGAAUGAAUCUAACACAAGACCAGCUGGAAUGGAAAUUUCACCAAGCCGAUAUUGUAAAGAGCAAUCUUGAAAGCAACCCCACUUCUAAAGUAUUUGAUGUAAUGUCUUCGUCCAUACGAUCUAGUAAUAGAGACGGAGAUAGCUCAGAUGAAGAAUGAAAACAUUUUCCUGUAGUUUUAAUCAAUAUUCAGUCAAAAAUAUACAUUUUAAUGCAGUAUUUAUCGUUGUUGGUAACAUGUGUAAAAAAGACCCAAUAAUACAUAUACUGAUUUUAUCUUUUUAAACAAACAGGUAAAUAAUUGCAUUCUAUUUCUUGAUAAUCAUGUUUUUUUAGUUUCUUUUUAAAUUUAAAUCUAUAGUAGUUUUCAGUGAUAUCCAGAAAUGAUUUUCAAUAUAAAAAGUAAAGUUACCAGCAUUGCUGCUUAGAUUGUGUUGUUUCACACAGAAUGUUUAAUAAACAAAACAUAAGCGUGAAAAAAAA